AUGGGAAACAACGCAUCCACAAACGGACAACUUGGAAAUCGUCCUUCCUUGAACCGUGCGAGGUCAACUACUAGAAAAUCCACUGCAUCACAUCAUGAACAAGUGAGGAAAUCAUCUGCUAGCAACAAUCAAAAUAACUCACUUGAUGAAGAAUUUAGUGAUUUGAUAUUGCAUCAAGUGGUUAAGCAACCAGAAUCAGGACUAAUCUCCCCCACCCGGCUGCUGUCGAAUGUGCCAACGACAGAACUGCUGCAGAAUUAUAACCAGUUUUCUAACGACUUGAUUGAGGAUGAAUUUAAUGAGUUGAAUGAUGGGUUAGUCGAGGAGUCGACGUCCUUAUCAAGAAACAUCUUGCCUGAUAAUCAGUUCUUUGGUACUAAUCGGUCCAAAGGCGAAAGCUCACAGUCAAGCGACAACAUGGAGUUGGAUGAACCGUUUACUCAAGAUUCGGAUGAUAUUCAAGAGUAUGAGCACCAGCUAUCCCAAACACCAACCCCAGAUUUGUCCAAGGUGGAUUUCACCAAGAUAACCAACCAUGCACAGCAGCAGCAACAGAGUAUACAAGGAGAUUCCGACUUCACUCCACAACCCCCUCCACCUUCAGCAACUAGAAUGUUAUCGGCAGCUUCUGUUGCUAGAAAUGCUCAUUCGCCAUCACCAAACCUCGAGCAACAAACAAACACCCAAACAAACCAACAUCACCACAACAAGCUGUAUAUAAACAACAAUCAAUAUUUGCAACAACAAAGUCGUACCAAGCAGUCGAAAAGCAACAAUCAUCGUGAAAAUAUAUUAAUUCCAAUUGAGAUCAAAUGGGUCAAUACAAAUAAGGAGCAGAUCAACAAGAUUGCAAUUAUUGGGUCAUUUUCCAAUUGGAGGGAUGUAAUCAAAUUAUCCCCACUGUUGAAUCACCCAGGAGAAUAUGUCACCACAAUUAAUCUUCCUUUGGGUGUACAUAAACUAUUGUACAUUAUUAAUAAUGAAUAUAGGGUGAGUGAUCAACUACCCACAGCCACUGAUCAAGAAGGUAUAUUCUUCAACUGGUUUGAAGUUAUUGACGACACCCACUUGUUCAACCACUCGUUGCAUCAAGCAAAUCACGUUGGUGCCAGCACUGAUUAUGAUGCUAAUAUUAUAUCUCACCAAGAUGCUAAUGCACAAUGCAAUAAGGGCCAGCAGCAGCAACAACAAGAUCAUAAUCUGCCUUUGAACUCUACACCUCGAUUAGCAGGAAGGUACGAAGUUGAAAGGAUUCAAGAAAAAGCUAAUGAUUUAUUACACAAGAUGUCUAAAGAAUCUAGUUCACAAUUUGAACAUUUGGAAUUUGUUGAAGAUGUGAAUGAUAAUAUGGUGGAUGAAGGAGACGCAGAAUUGCAAGCCAAACAAGAGCAACAACAAAAUCUGGAAAAUUACCCUUAUUCUGGACAACAACAACAACAACAACAUCAUCAUUCACGUCCAAGUUCUCGCAACCACUCUAAUUCAGAACAAUUUAUUCCUUAUGAACUUUCCAAAUCCAACUCAUUCAUCAAACCAGACAAAAAGCUACAAUACUCCAAUGAGAUCCCUGAAAUGUUUGUCAAUUACGAUUACUUCAAAUCGAAGCCGGCAGAUUAUGAAUUACCUGAGCCACCUCAAUUACCACCUCAUUUAAACAAUGUUUUAUUAAACAAGAUUUCACAACAUUCAGGUAACUCAUCAUCUAAUUUGAUCCCAUCGCCUUCAUCAUCAUCUACUCAGCCACCUGCUCACGGUGGGUUGGGAUCUUCGUCGCCUAGUUAUAGUUACAAGAGGCCACCUUUGCGUCGAGCUGAUAGUUCCUACUAUGCUUCUAAUAAAGAGGCGUAUCACUUAUCAAUACCGAAUCAUGUCAUUUUGAAUCAUUUAAUGACAACAUCGAUCAAAAAUGAGGUACUUACUGUUGCUUGUAUUACUAGAUAUCUGGGUAAAUUCGUUACCCAGAUUAUGCAUUCACCAGCUGAUGCAUGA